UAUUUUACCGCAUUCAACAGCGGUUCCUAGCAGAGAGAAAGUAACAUUCACGCUGGAGGGCACUCGUAUACUGGGCUUGAUGCAAUACACACACCAGAGAUUAUUAGUCUUCAUAAAAUACGCAAAUUAAUCAUUAGAUGAGGUUAUAACCAACCCCCGAUUUGGAAACGAGUUGUCUCCAAUACGUUGGCAAUGCGUUAUGUCGUCUAGUCUACUUUUUUUUAAACAAAAAAACAAAAAAUAGAAGCGGAUCUAAAGCAAGGAUUCAGCCUAAGCAGUAACAUGAAAUAAGGAACGUCCUUUGGAAUCCAUAACCUUGUUGGCUUUAGAAUGGGAAUAUUAUUGGUCCAAAAAAACUGAACAGAUCAACAGCUUUUAGUGUGAACAUUUUAACGCUUGCUAGUCCUCUAUGUGGAUAGAUUUUUUUCAGCAUUCCCUCAGACGAUGGAUUUUUUUCCAUUGCAGCUCAGUAGAGGGUGUGAGAUCUUUCUAAGAGCACCGGGCUAGAACGAGCACAGUCUCUGUGUAACCUCUUUGUGAUUCAAAAUUACCAAAGAAAAGCACUGGAAACAAACGCAAGGAAGACACCGAAAGGUGUGAGGAAUGCGUUUUUUUUCUUCCAGUGGCAGUGUGAUCAGCACUAAAUACCCAGCGUCGGUGUGAAUUCAGCACCGAGGGGAAAAGAACAGCACCGACUGCUACCGCAGCACGACGAGAAAAUCACGGAUUUAUAAAAUUUGCAAGGUCAGUCAUUACCGAACAAAAGCCUAAAAAUGUGUCAGAUGCUAUUGCGGUUUGUUGUUUUCAAUUAUUUUCAUACCAGCAAAAGGAUCCAUUCGAUCUGAGGCAUUCUAUAUGGUCAUUUUAAAGCUGGUCGCCUGGACACAACGGGCUAGAAGAGCAUGGAUAUUAUAAAGGACUGUCGUCUUUUCUUUUAGACCCGUCGGUCUAUCUUUUUGGGGAUAAACUGGACUAAAAACAUUGAUUCAACAGCUCGUUUUCAUGUCUUGAAAUCGGGGAUGAAUUGUUUGUAUUGAAAAUGCUGCUUUGGAUUGUCUUGCUGAAGGCGGCUCUUUGUGUUGCUAUUGGAAAUGUUACAAGGGACAUUUGUAAGGAGCAGAUAUGCUCCUGCAAUGAGAUUGAAGGCGAUUUGCACAUUGACUGCGAAAAAAGGAGCUUUACUAAUCUGCACCAUUUGACUGGUCCCAGUUCCCAGUUUUAUCACUUGCUAUUGCAUGGGAAUUCUUUAUCCAGGCUUUUUCCCAAUGAGUUUGCUAACUUUUACAAUGCCGUAAGCUUGCAUUUGGAAAACAACGGUUUGCAUGACAUUGUCCCUGGUGCUUUUCUGGGACUGCAGCUCGUGAAAAGGCUACACAUAAAUAAUAACAAGAUACGGUCAUUUAGGAAGAGCACCUUUCUUGGUUUAGAUGACUUGGAAUAUCUUCAGGCUGAUUUUAAUCUAUUGAGAGACAUUGACCCGGCCGUGUUCAGGGACUUAAAUAAACUUGAAGUGUUAAUUCUAAAUGAUAACCUCAUCAGUGCACUACCUAUAAAUGUGUUUCAACACGUUCCCAUCACCCACCUCGACCUGCGAGGGAACCGAAUCAAAACGGUGCCUUAUGAGGGAGUUCUCGAACAAAUACCGGGCAUUGCGGAGGUUUUAUUGGAGGAUAACCCCUGGGACUGCAACUGCGACCUGGUUUCCCUGAAGGAAUGGCUGGAGAAUAUACCGCAGAACGCGCUUAUCGGCCGGGUUAUCUGCGAGGCUCCAACGCCACUGCAAGGGAACGACUUGAACGAGACAUCGGAGAUGGAUCUGUGUCCUUCAAUAAAAAGUGGUGCUGACGAGAGUUUAAUUGCACCUCCUACCCAAGAGGAGACCUCUGUACCUGGGCCCGUUCCAACGCCUUAUAAAGCUAGUGGUGAUCCUGGGUCCCCAACCCCAGGGAAUGGGCAAAAGGGACGCUCUAAAUCACACUGGCAGUUGAAAACGAAGCCCACAUCUAUGACAGGUGUGAACGGGGAGAGAGAGCAGCUGCAGAUUGUGCAGAACGCAUCAUGCCCUGUGCCAUGCAGCUGCAAGCUCAUUGGAUCCAGGCAGGGGUUAGGGGUUAACUGCGAGGGCAAGAAGAUAGAGAGCUUGGCUAACUUAAAACCCAAACCCCUCACUGCGCACGAAUUAAACAUGAGAGACAACAACGUCCAUGCUAUAAAAAAGAACCAUCUUAACGGCUAUUCAAGUCUGAAUCUCCUUGAUUUGGGUGGAAACAACAUCAAAUUGAUAGACAACAGCACUUUUCAAAACCUCACCGAAUUAAGAUGGUUGUACAUGGAUAAGAAUUACCUGGAUACGCUCAUUGCGGAAAUGUUCAUUGGACUUCAAAAUCUGGAAUAUCUCAGUUUGGAAUAUAAUGACAUACAGCUGAUACUAGCAGGUACAUUCAGCCCUCUGCCCAAUCUGCGAGUGCUUUUCCUCAACAAUAACUUGCUGAAAGCGCUACCUGUGGAUGCUUUCCUUGGAGUGUCUUUGUCGAAGAUUAGCUUGCAUAAUAAUUAUUUCACAUAUCUCCCUGUCGCAGGGGUCUUAGAUCAACUCAAUUCGAUCAUACAAAUUGAUUUGCAUGGGAACCCUUGGGAUUGCUCGUGUAAUAUUGUCCCUUUCAAACAGUGGACGGAGAAACUGGGGGCAGAUGUGAUCGUUAGUGACCUCAAGUGUGAGUCCCCAGAAGAGUUCUGGAAAAGGGAUUUCCGUCACGUGCGAAAUGAUCUGAUGUGUCCCAAGUUGUAUGACAAAGUCUACCCCACGUCUCUCUCCAAAAACAGCACUUUCACCGCAGACACGGGUACGCGCUCGAACUCCUAUGUGGAGCCGAACAGGGUCUCCAUCUCCGUACUAGUCCCUGGGCUACUACUGGUAUUUGUCACGUCUGCGUUCACUGUUGUAGGGAUGCUUGUCUUCAUCUUGCGGAAUCGCAAGAGAUCAAAGCGGAGGGAUGGUAAUUCCUCUGCGUCAGAGAUCAAUUCCUUGCAGACAGUUUGCGACUCGUCUUAUUGGCAUAGCGGGCCUUACCAUGCGGACGGGGGCGCGCAAAGAGGGUUUGACUGUAGCACCCAUUUCUCCACAACAAAUGAUGCGUAAAACGACUAUUGACAAUAACACCUGGGAUAGAAACAGACAGACAAAUAUACUGCGUUCUCUUGACACAAUGGCAAUUGAAGAAAAAUAAACAAAUGCUACGUUACGAAGCUUCUUCAUUCGCUUUUUGUCGGAGAUAUACCAUUUUUUUGUUUUGCUCCAGUUGACUGUGGUGCCAAUGAGUCUUCUACAGAACCAACUGUAAUAUAGGUAUAGACCCCCUCCCCGCCCCCCUCCCUCCCAGUACAGCUAUUUGCCGCAAUCAGACUGACGAUCUGAGAGAGAAGAAUCGGGAAAUUGUGCACGAGCGCAUGAAUGUAAUGUAAAUAACUGACUAUCAGACCUGCAUGAUUUCGCAUGGUUUCAACACACACUGGGGAACCAUACCAUAAGUAACGAAGAAGCCAACUCGACCCUUCUUCCAUGUUGUCAAUAUGAAUAUAUACAGUAUAUAUAUACAUAUAAAACUAUAUAUGAAUAUAUACAAAGUGCCAUUUCUCUAUUUUUUUGUGAACUGCGUUACAGGAUUUGUAUUUGUUGUUUUAAAACGGUAAAAAAAAAAAAAAAAACGGAAAAAGAACUCAUUGGGACGGAAAAGAAGCUAAAAGCUGUCCAUGCAUGUUCUUUUUUGUUUGUUUUAUCAUUUGAUUGUCGAUAAAUAUCGGGGUUAUUUAUAAUUGGUGCAGAUCUCAUCAUAUCUGCACAUUCAGCUCUUUAUGAAUGUAUAAUGUGUUAUUUUAUGGUGUGCCAAUUGUUGAAUUUCAGAUAUUCGGGAUGCAGAUGAGCAUGACCAAUUAACGUCACUCAGCUGGUUAUGCUGCAAGGUUAAUGUAGCUAAAAACAGUUCGUGGUUUUGUGUGUUAAUGACUAUAGUCUGCUUUGAGGGAGAGGAGAAGGCUUUACCGAAUUAUAUUGGGGGUUUUCUAACUGCAUAUUUUUUCAAACUUAAAAUGUUUUCAAUGGAAGUAAUGGUAUGUGCAGUUCCAUCUAUGUACAGAGCGCAGGUAGACUAAAAUGCUUUUCUAUGUAAAAAGUAUUCCUCCACAAAGCGUAGGCUAUGAUUCACCUCCAUUUAUGUGAGCUUUUGUAAAGCCAUCUAUUGUGUCCAAAUAUGACAAAUGGACUUACAUUUUUUUUAACUAACGUGCUUAAAAUAGAUUGGGCAAUGGUCAGUUUGCGUACAGUAAAAAAAAAAAAAAAAAACACGUCUUAGCAAUGGACAGUAUUAGUCUGAUGCCAUAGAGAAGACAUGGCACGAUCACCGCAUUAUUCUAGACGAGGAAACUCACGAUGUCGCUGUUGGUGCAUCUUCUCUGUUGGAGGGAGGGCUGAGGUAUAGGAGUUUUGCAAGAGGGCGUUUUGGAAUGGGAAUUUUUAUCUUGAAAUGUUAAUUAAAUCGGGUAUGAAUGGGCAAUGUUGCAUUAAGAAACAUAUAUAUUCUUCAAUAUUAAAAGUGUUCAGCAGUUGGUCUGUUGCCCAGUGCUAUGACAUUUUACUGAGCGACUAUAGUGAUAUCAAGAUGAUGAUUACAGUGUACAAUAACGGUUAGCAUUAAACGUGAUAUUCUGAUAAUCCAUUCAAAUGUAUCAAUGUCACUGGUUCUGCAGUAUCACGGUACAGAUCAUAGGAUUGUGAAAUGUUUUUGUUUUAUAUGAAUACUCUGUAAAUUCAAGCACUGAAUUCGUUUUGUUCAUACUGGUUUUUAUUUUUCAUUAGGAUCAGGUCCAUCAAUGUGCCCACUGUUUUUAAUUCUCUUAUAAAUAAGCAUAUGUGCAAGAGACCCCAUUGCUACAAUCCGUUUUGGAAUAGUCUUGUCAAUAAGGCAUUACAAGUCAGACAUGCACUGGCCUGCAGAAGGUUAAAGUGCUCAGAGCCAGUUCAAUAUCAAACAUGUCUCAACCCUGUCUCAUUCAUCAUUUAUCUUAAUACAGCAACAAACAUUUUUUCCCAGGCCUUUUUAACACUGUGGACUGAUAGACUAUAUGGUUAUCUUUGUGACUGCAUUAGCAGAACAAUGUUCAUUGUCGCGUGUCUGGGCUGUGUGUGUGUGUGUGUGUGUGUGUGUGUGUGUGUGUGUGUAUGCAUUGAAAUACUUAGAAUUAUUGAUUAAAUGUGUGUGCAUGUGCACUAGUGUCUGUCUACAUGUGUGUGUGUCUGUCUGUAUGCUCACACACUCACACUCACACCCACCCCCCUUCACUAAAUGUAACGAAUCACAUAGGCUGACCUCGGGGAGUAUUAUCUUAGCAGAUCCUUGGCAACAACAGUGCUGUCAAUCACUUCAGACUCCAGUCUGUUGGUGUAUUGCUUUGAAGGGUAAUUAUCAGUGUCUACUGUGGAACAUUUUACCACGGCUCAUGAAUUAUUGGUCAUAUUUCAAUGCUGUGUCCCGGAGUUACAUUUAUAUGCUUUACUACAUUUGACCUGCUUCUAUUUUGUUAAAUAAAAUGUGGUUGAGGUUGAGUGAAA